UACAGUACUAUGUAGUAACUAGUAAACAAACGAAAUCUUACUAUUUUUAAUAAAUUCUGCAGCAACAUUGCAUGUUGCAAACAACUUGCUGCAAUAGCAAUAUUUGUUUAUCUUCUCCAAGGUGAUUCCACGUUUCCGCUGCUCAUUGGAACGCUAGAUGUUCGCCGUUUUUUGAUUGUUGGUGUUGUUGCAUUUUUUGUUAAUCUUGAGUCUGCGUGGACACUAGACACCGUACACGUAUCUUGUUUUUACUUGUCACUUGACGUCAUCUUUGUUUGUAUCCCUGGACGCCUUUGGUUUUGAGAACAAAAGAGCAGUCAAUAUGUCUGAUCAACCCAACGCGAAGAACAAUAAAUCCGACGUUUCUCUUCCUGCUCAGGAAGAAGUGCAUCUGUCGGACUUACCAUACGAUGCACUGACAGCACUGAGUUUGCAUCUGGAGCCUACAGAUAUUUUGCAUGGACUCUACGAAACUAACCGCCAGCUGCAUGAAACCUUUAAAUCGGAGCAGUACUGGCAGCAGAGGAUAAAAAUUCAGUUUCCUGCUGUUUAUGGCAGGCUUUCGGCGCGGCAUAGUUCUUCGUCCUCGGGAGAUCCAUUGUUUUGGCGCAAGGCUGCUUAUCGCUGUGAAAGUAUUCGGGAAAAUUUCAAAUCCGACCGGAUGGUUCAGACAACCUGGGCCAGCCAUACCGUGGAUGGUUAUUACGAGCCGGAUGAAGGGGACGAUGAGGAGCUGUCCGGAUUGAUUGAUAUCAGCUGCAUUGCAUUCUGUGAUCAUGGUAUAGUAUUUCAAAGGCUUCUUCUCAAUGGAGCAAUUAUGCUGGUCGGCUUCGGGAUAUGCAGUGCCAGUUUUGCAGGCAAUGUUCUUGUUGUGGGCGAUUCUGACCGCUACGAGGUUUUAUACUGGAACACCCGGGGACAAAGUAGACCACCUUAUAGCGGUGCGCCUGAUAAGUUACGACAUAUACACGAGAGUGUAAUCUGCACACUGAAAGGGCUGGACAACCGGGUCGCAAGCGGAUCGUAUGAUGGCACUGUUGCCAUCAGUGAUUUCAAUGCGCUGGACGCCGAACCCGUGCGAUUAAAAUCCAAGGAUAAGGUACUGAGCAUGGCUUGGUCACCUUACACACUAGUUACGGGACUGGGCAACGGUUCGUAUGAAGUAUUCGACGAGAGAGUCAGUGACCAAGCAGUCAUCAGCUCGCAGCCCAUUCUGGAUCCGGUGGAAUUAUUUGACGGCAUUGAAGUGCAUCUGGACGAUACACGUAUCCUUGCUGCUGGGUGGGAAAACGAAUCUCGCACGUUGAAAUCUGUCGAUCUGCGCUUUGGAGCUGUUCUGCACACGGCUACGAUUCCUGGUAUUGUCUUGCCUCCCCCAGCGGGUCACUGGGGUCAACGAGUACGUUACAAAGCCGCCACUCAUUUGCAAGAAGGACAGUUUUUCUUGGGAGCGGAAAGUGGCAAGGUGUUCCAUUACGAUGCUAAAUCUCUGGAACUCGUAAAGGAGUUGACCGAAGUUUUAGGACAUAGCCGGCACAUUGCCGGGUUGCAUUACACCGGAAGCCAAAUUAUAACGGUAUCCCGAGCUGGUCGCACACGCCCGGAUUUGUACUACAGAACCGUAGUGCACGAAUUCGCGGACAAUUAUCCCCUGUUAUGGGAAUUCCAAAUAUCCGCAUUUCCAGGAUCUAUUUCUGCCAUGGAUUUCUCCGAGGAUAGAUGUGCUCUUGCCGUUGCGUUAACCAACCAGGUGCAGUUAUGGAGACCCGAGGUUCGCAGUCGCCGAAACAGUUCUGAUGGUAUAAACAACCAGUCCGGCGAUGCAUAUGUCAAUGCUCCAGAUUAAAAUCCUGGUAGGGAUGUUAUUUAGUGGCAUCAUGAAUGUAUUGGCUUUUGUGCUCGGAAUUCUGUACCCGUUGUCUUUUCACUCUUCUCAACUUUUUUGGGCUUAAUUCAUUCUUGUUUGAUGCAGUAUAUUACAAUAACAUUGUUUUUUUUAAAAAGCAUCGUGGUUAUUUUAUGGGAUAUUGUUCGCUCGUGAUGGUGUCAUUGUCUGUGCACAAGGAAGCUUCCACCUUUGAUUGUCAUCUGACUUUGAACUGUUUGACUGACACUGAUACCAAUCAGGAAUAAA